AUGUCGGAGAAACUGAUGGGCUUGCGGUCCAAACGGCGGAAACUUUGCCAGCAAGCCGAGGGAAACGUGCUGGAAGUCAGUGCAGGCACGGGGCGAAACAUGGACCUGUACAAUCUCGAUCCGAUCAACACGCCGCGCAACAAAAGGAUCAAAUCUCUCACUUUCAACGACCAGAGUGAGAUCAUGGUCUAUCAGGCCGAGAAAAAAUUUGAGAAAUUGCAGGAAGAGACGGAUGCCAUUGCAAAAUUCCGCGGACCCGUUCGGUUUGUGGUUGGCGACGCCGCUGAUAAACGGGUCAUCAGUCGACCUGAGGGCGGGUUCGAUACUAUUGUGCAGACUAUGGGCUUGUGCAGUAUGGCGAACCCGGUGGGGUUCCUUAAGAGGUUGGGUGAGCUGUGUAGACAGCCUGGUGAACCAACUAAGGGACUUGACAAUCUGACCAACAAAAAAGAAGACGGUCGUGAGACCGAUCAGAGACCACAUGGUGAAGGCGACGGCAACCAAGACAAAGGCGGCAAAAUCCUCCUCCUCGAACAUGGCAGGUCCUAUCUCGGUUUCCUCAACAAGUAUCUCGACAACAUUGCCAAACGACACGCCGACCGCUACGGAUGCUGGUGGAACAAGGACAUUGACCAGAUCAUAAAGGACAGCGGGCUCGUCGUCGAGAGCAAGAAGCGGUAUCAUUUUGGGACCACGUAUGAAUACGUGUUGAGGCCGCCGCCGCAUCAGACCCAAAGCACGAGUACAACUACGGGCCCCACCGCAGCAGAGGACGUAAACCAUGCUUGA